AAGGGGGAAAGGUGGCGGAAAAGUCAGUCAUCAGCUUUUGAUCGAUUCUGUACGGACGAUUCACUGCCGCCUCUCCACUCAGUCGAUCGCCGAUCAUCCCGCCGAUUUCUCAGUCUCCGUCGUCGAUCAUCGGCCGGAAUCGCUGUUUUUUGGACAUAAUGUUGGAGGAUGAAUGCGACACUGAGGUCGCCAGUGAUGGUCCCUUCAGUGAUACGGAACCGCUCGAUUUAGGCUUCGAGACUGAACUGGUGGACGAGCUCGAAAAUUCCGUGGAGAAUGUGUCUGAGUGCGGAGCAGCGCUGGAGUUCCAGGAAGAAGUGGUGCUCGAUAGUGAAGAUGAGAUUAUCAAUGAUACAGAGCAGGUGGAUGAUGUCAAGGCCUCGUUUCGUGCUGGAAUCGAUGGAGGAGUUUGUCUCAAUGAAGCGGAGAUGAACCAGAGGACACAGUUUGAUGCGAUUCCUGCCGAUGAAUGCAAUGCCGGGGAGAUAGCUCAACCUCAAGCGCCUGGGAACGAGCAAGACGUGGUACGGCCAAGUUAUAUUGGAUCUUGUGAACCUGCGGAGUUAUCAGAAGAGAAUGCUCUCAACUUUGUGGAAAACUUCCUGAUUUUUAAUAACUUAAAUUUGUCCCCUGAAGUUCAUUGUGCUAAGAGAGUCAAGGAGGGAUCCCCUUUUUUUCCGGGGGCCAAAGGUAUCAGAGAUGUUGCCAAGAGAAUUAGCUUGAGCAGCUCGAAUCAAGGUACAGAAAUCUUUGAGUGGGCAGAUACUCCUCAAGUUGUGAAGCAUUGGGAUAUAAUGAAGUCUCGAAGAAAAGAAGCUGUUGCUUCAGCCAAUGAUUCAGAAUCUGUUGAUCGUCAUUCAGAAUCUGUUAGACAUGUCGCGGAAGUGCACAGACAGAAGGUUAAUCAUGAACAUAUAGUGGAUGUCAAUCAGCAUGUGAAUGAGGAAACAUCUGAGCAGCUGUUGAGUUCAUCAGUUUUGGGCGGAGAAAUAGCAGAAACAUUUGAUGUAGGCUUUUGCACUCAGAUGGCAGCAGAAGCCAUGGAAGCCUUGUCACGUGUAGCUUAUUCUAGCAGUCCACUCUUCUAUCAAGACCCACAGAGUACCUACAGUACAUCCCCGGAAGACGAAAGAGAUAAAGUAGCUUGUCUCGAUAAAUCUCCCAAGAAGGUUUAUGCUCGUUCACUCUCAAAGCAGAGACAACUUUCAACUAGACGGCAAGGAACUUCGGCAUCAUCGCCGAAACACCCAGAAAGGCAGAAGUCAGAUUCUAAAUCAGUCACACAGAAGAAAGUAAAGAGUGGAAGUUCACUGGUGGAGAAGUCUGCUUUAGAAGAAAGUAUUUCAAGAUCUAAGAGAAUAUUAGGAAGUUCGAUUGCACCGAUGAGGCAAAGGAGGGAUGUGGGGACUUUACAAUCCAAUAACAGAAAAGAGGUAGACGGUCAUGUUGGGCUAUCUCUACGACCUAACAAUUUCUCUUCCCGAAAAAGACGGUCUCAAAACAAUAUGGUUGACAUAAACUCCGUAUGUCCUACAGCCAGGCAAUUGACAUCAAGGGCUAGACCAAACAUGGCUAAGGAUUCAAAAAGGAGGAGAAGUGAUAUUAAGGAUAUUUAUAUGCCCAAAUCCAAAAUGGUUAAAUCUACCUCCCAUCACGAUAGGUUCAAAAAUAGUAGCAGAAGCGAACAAAGUAUAGUAAUUUCAGACGCAUCUGAGGUGGCCAAGAAUGGGGAAGUCAACAGACAAGAGCAAAUUGGUCUUACGAUUGAUUUUUCAGGUGUCCUUUCAGGGAUGGCUACAUGGAAAUACCCAAGGGGGAAGAGAUCUAAUAGGAACUUACGAAGAAUCCAAAAUGGUGACAUUAAUUUGGAAACUGCAACUAAAGGGAUGCGAAAUGGAAGCAGUUCAAGAAAAUUCAUAUCCAGUACCAAUUUCUCUUUCUCCAAUAAUGGUGUGAGCAUUAAAGCCAAUCAGUUUGCACGGAAUAGUAGUCCCCUGCCUUCAGAAAAUAAAGUAGAAAAUAAAGUGGAAGGUGGCUUGACGAUGCAGAAGAGCAUAUCAAAGUCUGUCAUGCCUGGCUAUAAAGAGUCACUUCCUGAUCUCCCAUGGAAAGAAUUGAGAAAUAGGAGACAUAUGGCAUCAGUUCGGGUCUUAUUCAGCUUACAUUUGGAUCAUGACAUAAUCAUGCAGCAAAAGAAGAUCCUGAAACGACUUGGUAUUUCUGCUGCAUCUUCUUCUGAGGAUGCAACACAUUUUGUAGCAGAUACAUUUGCACGGACAAGAAACAUGCUCGAAGCAAUUGCUCUUGGCAAACCAGUGGUCACACACUUAUGGCUCGAGAGUUGUGCACAGGCAGGCUGUCUAAUUGACGAGAGGAAUUUUAUUCUCAGAGAUGCUAGAAAGGAAAAGGAAUUGAGUUUUAACAUGGCUGCCUCAUUGGCUAAUGCGAGGCAGUAUCCAAUCCUAAAGGGUAGGAAAGUUUUCAUCACCCAAAGAGUUAAACCCAGUACAGAAAUGCUCACGAGUUUAGUCAAGGCCGUCCAUGGCCAGGUAAUAGAGAAAAAUCAGAUUCCUACUACAAUUGAUGGGAAAAUCCCUGAUGAGGUUCUAAUUAUUUCCUGUGAAGAAGAUCAGACAGAUUGUGCUCCUCUCUUGAAUAAAGGAGCCAUGGUUGGCAGUUCAGAGCUCAUCUUAAGUGGCGUUGUGACCCAGAAGCUUGAUUAUAAGAGGCAUGAGCUGUUCAAAGCCAAUGUUCGGACGAGUGGAAUCACUUAAUUUAUUCCAGAAAAAGGACAGCUCGAAGCCCUCGGCUGUACAUGGUAUGUAGUGUACAUUUUGGACAGAGCUCUCUUCAAAAAGUCUAUUCUAGAAUCAGAAUUUGAUAGUCGUGAUCUCCGAUGGUCAUUUUGCGCUCAUUAAGCCUCCAAAGGUAUGUAAUUCGUUCAGUAAGCAUGUUCUUAACCAAAAUACAAGCAUCAAAGUAAGUAUCUCGUCGUAUCCAUCAUCAAAGCUCCGUAAAGCCUCAUCCGCUUGAGAACACUGAAGUCUGCCCAUUUUAAUGUUAUUAAUGAAGCUUCACUGGCAAUCUUGAAAUCGGUUCCUAAUUAAUUUGAUGUCUUUGUCGAUCAGGCACUUGACUUAGAAACUUUGCCUAAUAUUUGGUCUGCACCAGUAGUGGAGGUAGUCACAACUUUGAAUAGACGAUUGACAUUGGAUAGUUGCGUUCGUCAGAUUGCACCGAUGCCGGUUUGGUCACCGAUAUAAAUGCCUAGUCAUCCAUCUUAUUAUGAGUGAGUUUU